GCCGUUGACGCAAAGCAGAGCCCACACGCCUCGCGCCAUAUUGCCAGGAAAGAUCCAGGCUUCCGGUAUUGGCGUUGUCGUUUAUAAAUUCUCUCCAAAUUCGUAAUGUCGUUUCUCUGCAACUCUAGCUCCUAUGGAAUCCAAUGCACAAUCUCCACCAGCUCAUAGUCCUCCUCCAAAGCCAUGGGAGCGAGCAGGUGUUGCUUCUGGGCGUACACCAUUUAAACCCCCAUCAGCUGGCAAUACAAGUGAUAUAGUUGAGUCUUCUGGAACUGCAAAUCCUGGAGAAAUUGUUUCAACUUCGAAUAGGACUGCCACUGUCAAAAGAAAUACCCUAGGUAGGCCUCUUCCAUCAAGGCCUUGGGAACAAAACUAUGGAAGUAACAGCUACAGAGGUUAUGGGUCUACUUUGAACUAUAAUUCUGGCUUAGGAUCUGGAAUGUAUGGUUCUUAUGGUGGUCUUGGAGGGCUGUAUAGUAAUGGCAUGUACGGGGGAGGUUAUGGUGGUCUAGAUGGAUCUGGGAUGUAUGGGGGUGGAAUGUAUAAUGGCAGUUUUGGAGGUCCGAUGGGUGGCUAUGGAAUGGGCAUGGGUUGCCCUUAUGGUGUUCAAGAUCCUAACAAUCCACAUGGUGGUCCUUCAUCACCUCCUGGGUUUUGGAUCUCACUUCUUCGAGUGAUGCAAGGAGUGGUGAACUUUUUUGGCCGGAUCUCAAUCCUCAUUGACCAAAAUACACAGGCCUUCCACAUGUUCAUGACUGCACUUCUUCAGAUUUUUGACCGCACAGGUUUAUUAUAUGGGGAGCUAGCCAGAUUCGUGCUGCAAAUACUUGGAAUCAAGCAAAGGCCUAGAAAGGUUCAGCCACAAGGUCCUAAUGGCCUCUAUCUCCCUGGACAUAAUGACAUGCAUGCCAAUCAAAACUUCAUCGAGGGACCAAAGGCUGCCCCUGGUGAAUCUUGGGAUAAUGUUUGGGGAAACAACCCUAGUAAAUGAAUGUACCACUUCAGUUUGCAUACUGAAGCAACCCUAAUAAAUCAGCUUAGUUAAACCGAGAAAGUUACACUGCCAGUAUGUACCCACCAUUACAUGAUUGUGCAUCUGUAUAACAUCUAGUGUAAGUGAUGCAAAUCUAUCGAACGCUGCAGUGCCUUACUUGCCUGAAUAUCAAACCUUUUUCGUACUCAUCAA